GGUGCUGGCUAGCUGAUCGGUAGCAACGUCUGUCUUCUCAAAACGACACAGAGAAAACAGCACACUGCAACUAGCCGGGAGAACCAACAACAAACCACAACGCCAGCCCACGAUGGCGACACGGGUCCCGGGGCCGCCAAGAGCUGCUGCCGAUAAACAACACGGUCCCUACCUGCGCCGCCCCCGCCCCCGCCCACUAAAGGCACCGCUUGCCUUUUUGGGACAGCCCUCUCCCCCGGAGUUGAUAACGCGGAAGCAGCGCUUAUCGCGGGGACAGCGGGAGAAAGAAGCGCUCGGAAGGAAAAAGAAAAAGAGCAAAAAAGCCUGCCCCGCGACGAUCGACUUGAUGCGCCACCAAAAACGCCGAUCGACGCAAAAAAGGGUCCCCGCGACGAUCGACCCGUUGCAAAUUGAAUGCGGGUCGAUCGACCUACGGGUCGAUCGACCCGGGUCUAGCCUCGGAGGGCUCAACUCCUCCGAAAGGCGCAUUUAUUGUUUUUCUGCAUUAGCGCUCGGUGCAGGAAAGAGGAGGAGCUGCCAGAGAUAGGGGGGUGGCAAGCAGGAGAGCAGAAGGCCCAGAUAAAGAGUGAAGGAGAGGGGUUGGAAGGACGAAGAACGGGGCUAGUUUGCGAAACAAGAAACAGCACGGGUUUCUGC